CCAUGGCCAUAUAUAUUGAUCAAUAUCCAAGAAAGGAUAGCAAGUUGGCCAUUCAAUUGCACAUAUUCAACAUCGAACUCUAGUUGAGGAAAAAUGGCAGGCUCUUCAUUGAACCAAAAAUUCCAUAACCAUGCUCGUUCUAAUAGUUUGCCCUCUAAGCCACACCCUCUCAUCCUACAAUGCAAUGAACACUUAGCUAGAUUAGGGGCCUCUGAUACCAUCUCUUCUUCUUCAUUCCUCAGGCAAAAUUUAACUAGCCUUCUUGAUUUGCAUGAGUGCAUUGAAAAGUUGGUUCAACUACCCCUAACACAAGAAGCACUUGUCCAUGAACGCCAAGAGAAAUGGGUUGAUGAUCUCUUGGAUGGAUCUCUAAGGCUCCUUGAUGCCUGCACUGCAACCAAAGAUGCCUUACUCCACACCAAAGAGUGCACACGUGAACUACAAUCAACUAUAAGAAGAAGAAGAGCGGGUGAAGUGGAGCUCAAUGUAGAGGUUAAGAAAUUCUUGACCUCAAGGAAGGUGGUUAGAAAGGCCAUAUUCAAAGCCUUGGAGAAUUUGAAGGGUAAUGCAAAUAAAUGCAACCUUGCCAUCACUAACAAAGACUACCAAACCAUGGCCUUGGUAGCCUUGUUGAAAGACUCUGAAGUGAUCACUUUUUCAAUCUUUGAGUCAUUGCUGAAUUUCUUUUCUGGGUCAGCACAAGGAAAACGAAGCAGCUGGGGUUUGGUAUCAAAGCUGAUGCACAACAAAAGGGCAGGCUACACACAAGGAACAGAUGAAAAUGAGUUUGCAAAAGUGGAUGCUGCAUUGCAGUUAUUUGCAUUUAACAUGUCAACCAAGUCUAAUGACAUAAAUGAAUUGCAAAAGAAGCUUGAGAACUUGGGAAGCUGUAUACAAGAUCUUGAAGAAGGACUUGAGUCACUGUUUAGGCGUUUAAUUAAAAUCAGAGUUGCCCUUCUCAACAUCCUUAAUCACUAGAUGAAGAAUAGAGGUGUCAAAUUUUUGUAAUGGCAUAGAUAUUAUCGUCUUGGGUAAAAUUGUAGAUAAUGUACUUGUUAUGUUGAUGAUGAUGAUAUGAUAAAUAUAUAACUC